AUGAGCGACGGAGACUCUGAUGAUGGAUUUGUCUUUAUUGAGGACGACUUGAUUGGUCGUAAUCGACCAAAACAUCGGUCGAAGCCGGAGGAGAAGGAUGUCGUGCUUGUCUCACAGAAACCGGACGACGGCAACAACGUCUCUAAAAAACCAUUGGUUUUGGAAUCCAAUAAUGGCGAGGGAGACUCCCAACAAUUUUCUGCCAAUCAAUUCAAUCUGGUUCAUGACACCCAGUCGGAAAUAGCGGCCAAGAGAAUUGUGGCUGCUAUGGAGCUCAAUUCAAGUCGCCAAUCUCCAGCAACUCCAUCGGAGAACGAUACUAUGUCGGAGGUCAAGGAAGAAUCUCUGCCAAUGGAAAACCCUGCCAGGGAUACGUCUGAUAGCCAUACUGUUGCCACUAAUCAGUCGAAGACAACCGAGGAAGAGGAUGCCGAGUACAUGCGUGUAGUCGAAGCUUAUCACCAGGCACAGCUUGCUAAAUUUCGCCAAAAGGAGGCUGAGGAGGCUUUCCAGGCACGCGAUGAUGUUUCUUCGUCGUCCCCAUCACGCCACUCAUCCCGUCGAUCGUCAAUCAGUUCCAGCGAAAUUGAGCCGGUUCAAAGUGAUGAUGACGCUGCUCCAGUGGUACCAGAAGAACCAGAAGCACCGAUUCAACCAACAAAUCCCGUGAAUUCAUCUGAUGUCAGUCCCCCGGGCAAUCGUGUCAACUUUCUUUCCGACUUGUGUGCUGCAAUUCUUCAGUCGAAACAAUACGAACAAGUUACAAAGAAAACUGAAGAAGAGAAUGAAGCUAAGGAUAAUAAAAAGUCUGCCAAAACAAAGGGAAACGAGAUAUCAGAGAAAAAUGAAGAAGAAGUUACGCGCGUAUUCAAUGAGAACCGUCAAGAUUUGCUCGAGCAGAUUCACAAGGAGCAAGAGGACUAUUACGGCGCUCCAGCGGUCCAAGUCAAGGCAGAAGAAGAACCGAAUCCUGUUAAAAACGAAGAGAAAGCAACAACAGAGGAAGAUGAAGAUGAGGCUUACAUGCGAGAAGUAGAAGCCUGGCAUCAAAAAGAGCUUGAAAAGAGUCGCAAGCAACGUGAGGCACUCUCCAGUGGUACAGUAGUCUCCAGUGGUGAAACAUCGCAAAUCAAAGCAAAAGAAGAGAAAAAAACAACCGUGGAAGAUGAAGAUGAGGUUUACAUGCGGCAAGUAGAAGAGUGGCAUCAAAGAAAUCUUGAGAAGAGUCGUAAGCAACGUGAGGCACAAGAGGUCUCCAAUGGUGAAGCAUCCUCAGACAGUGCAAAUGUUCAACAGCAAAACACUGUCAUGCAAUAUACUUCGGAUGAAUUGAAAAAUUUGCGCGAAGCUGCAGCUUCAUCGGACAACGGCACAGCUGCUCCACCCACCCAAUUGGCGAGAUCCAUCCAGGUUUUGCCUCCAAGUUUUUUACGAGCCGAGAGACACUGUCAACCUGAAAAAAAAGAAGUGCUCGAGGGAUCUGAUGACGUUGGCUGUGAUAUCAAGAAAGAUUCCGCCGAGCAGAAAGAGAUUGAGCAGCUUCGUAAAAAGUACAAACAAAAUGGCGGAGCCCGUGGAUAUGUGAUGACUGAUGCAGAGAGGAAAAAAGUGGAGGAUCUCCGCAAGAAGGAGUGUGGCAGAAGCGAAGCCAAUGCUGCACCAGUUCAAAUGUUCAGCCAACUAAGCCUAGGAGAGAGUGCUUCUCCUAAGGUACCAGCAACUGCUUCCCAACCACAAACCCAGUAUGCUGUUCAACAUCCGGAUGGAAAAGUUUACAAAAUUAAAUGUGAUCCUACUCCAAAAGAUGAUGUUAAACCUCCACAACCACAAGCAAAUCAAUCCGAGCAGCUUGUAUUUACUAAGAAAGCUGAUACACCAGCUGAACCUACGGUCAAGAAGUCACAUCGGUAUGAUAAUCUCACUCCGGAAACAAAUCUUGUUCCCCAUCCGGAGUAUGUUGGUCAAUGGACGACUGAAGAAUAUGCCAGGAGUUAUGUAAAGUCAGAUAACCCUCCGCCAUUUGUUACCGUCCCGCCAACAAUCGCUAAUCCGACUAAAGAACCGCUGCCACUAAGAAAAGGCUCAGACGGAGUAUACAGACCAUAUGACCCAUCUCUGGAGGUUACUAAGGAGUACCCAGCUGCUGACACUCAUCCAACUGGUGUUGUCGAAAAAGACCAAACACAAACUUUGACAUUGGAUGCUGGAUACUAUCGGGCUGCACCAAUUCAUACCGCCUAUGCCCACCCAAUUCCACCAGCCUACACUCCCCAGCAAACUGCGCCAGUUGCACCUGUUGCUGUAGAACCGAAGGAGGAAACUCCAGAAGAAGCUGAGGCUCGUCGUGCUGAGGAAAUCAGAAAGUCGGAAGAACUCAUUGGGUUGAUGGGUAUGGCAGUAGUUGAGCAUGAUGCGAUGAUCCAUUUGCUUAACGCCACAAACAAGAGACAAGCGGAGCAACGGCGUUUGAUUGAAACUGGUGCAGCUACUAGAGAGCUUACUGAAAAAGAAGUUGACGAUCUUCUGGAAGGCAGAGUAAAGGUUGACACUCUGCGCAACCGCGAAUACAACAUAAACCCGUAUGGUGUCUCAACAAACUCAGCAUACCCAGUGCCUGCUUAUCCAAGCCAUCAGUCAUACGCCCCACCACCAGUUCCAGUGCACACCUCGACGAAUUACCCGGUCACCACUCCAACUACAAACUACACUCAUCCACGAUACCCAUCACCUCCUGCUCCACCACAGAAUACUUACCGGGAUCCAAGUUACCCAGUGACUCAUCCAUAUAUGGAGUAUGCCGGCAAGAAUCAAAGUCAGCAGUGCCCGUCUAGCUCGAACUAUCAAUCUAGCUCGAACUAUUCAUCUGCCUCAAACUAUCCUUCUGGCUCGAACUAUCAAUCUGGCUCGAGCUACCCAUCUAGCUCAAACUAUCAGCAACCGCCGUCACAAUCGGGACAACAGUACACGGAUUCUAGUUACAGAUAUCCUGCCCUGUAUCCUUCAAACAGCCAACAGAACUACUAUCCACAACAAACUUCAGUUCAGUCCCAGCCUACAGUCGCACAACAAUAUGUUGAAGUUGAACCAAGAAGCUUCUAUCCACAAAAUGCUCAUUAUACAUCAACCCCGGGAGGAAGUGCUUCAGGUUAUCCACAACCAGCAUUCCAGCCAGUAACUGCGGAAGUGUCCUAUGGAGUAUCUCGCAAUAAUACAUCACACUAUGUCAGCCCAAUCGACGAUACCUACCGUGGAUUUAAUAAGAGCAAUGCUAAACCUCAAAAUCAUAAUGGCUACAGUUAUCAAGCACCAGCCUAUUCGUACACGGCACCCCCCUAUCCGUACACGGCGCCAUCCUAUCCGUACUCGGCACCACCAGCCCAGACGAGUUCUUGUUCGACUCCAGCUGUUUACAUCAACGACAACUCGUCUCGUGAGGAAAUAAGGAGCCAGAUGAUCAAAUUUAUCACCGACCAUAACAAGUCAGGACGCAAGGUUUAUCUAUCCACAUUCUUCAAGCCACCAAGCGUCAUUACAUACAAUUUUGACGUUGUUAUGUUCGCGCAGAUGGAAUUGAAGGACAUCGUCAAUGUACACCCAUGUCUCACCAAUGACGUCCAAAAGGAGUAUCUUUUUGAAUUGAAGAAUUAA